AUGAGGGCAUCAUAUGGGAAUGGUUUGUGGAUAAUAGAAAGAGAUAGGGCGAAAGAGAAAACGAAACAGGAGGGUCACCAUGAAAAGAGGGUUGAAUGUUGUGUUGACGACGAUAUUUUUUUCGAACAUUUUAGCAACAAGAAACCUGGUGUGAGGUUGAGGGGAAAAUUUGAUUCGAGUUGUUGA